UCGGCAACAGGCCCCCUUUUGUGGUCUGGCCCGUUUACAGUCCUGCUGCUCCGCAUCUCGCUUAGGCGGGCUCCUCCGACCUCGCCGGCGGCGGCAGCCAUGGAGUUCAUCGACGACGAGUGGGACUCCCAGCCGCGCGCGCGCGUCAUCCACUCCCGCGCCGCCCCUAACGCCAACUCUUCCCCCGCCACAGCGGACCACGCGUCCCGCUCCCUCCCCCACACCGCCGCCUGCGCCGCGGCGGCCGUGCUCCUCCUCGCCGCCGCCUACUCCCUCGACGCGGCCUACCAGGUCUUCUCUUCCAUCCUCAUAUGGAUCGCCGCCUCCCUCCUGCUAGCCCCCUUCGCGCCCUCCUCCGCCACCGGCGGCGACAUCUCCGUCGGCCGCGGCAGCCCCCUCCCGGAGCAGGAACCGGCCGAGGAGCCCUCCCCGGACCCUACGCCCGCCACCCGCCGCGGUCGCCGCCAGAACACGACCCCGGCGCCCGCAAAGCCGUCAGAUCCGAUCGAUCCUCCCGUCCAGCAGCGUCCGCCGCGGAAGGAGGCGACGGGUGGGUCCACCGGUGCUGUGGGCGGAGGUGAGAAGGAGGAGGACGUCGGCGAGUGGACCGAUCAGGAAAUGGAGCUUCUCCGGCGGCAGAUGGUGAAGCACCCGGCCGGGGAGCCCCAGCGCUGGGAGAAGAUCGCCGCGGUGUUCGGCGGGCGGCGCACGCCGGAGAGCGUCAUCCGUGCGGCUAAGUCGGGCGGCGCCGCGGCAGCAGCAGCCGGGGGCUCGUUCGAGCAGUUCCUGCGCAAGCGCAAGCCGCUGGACCCGAGGGCCGAGGCGGCCGAAGCUGACGAAGGUGGCAGUGCUGGAGGAGGCGAUGGUGGUGGGGACGGUGGGUGGAGCGCUGGUGACGACCGGGCUCUACUGAAUGCACUCAAGGAGUUCCCCAAGGACACCGCAAUGAGGUGGGAGAAGGUGGCUGCGGCGGUGCCUGGGAAGACGAAGGCCGGGUGCAUGAAGAGGGUCACUGAGCUCAAGCGCGACUUCCGGAGCAGCAAGACGUCGUCUGAUAUAGCACAAUAGCUGGAACAUGCCUUGCUUACCUGCAAUUCAUGGAGAUUUAGACUGGUACCGGACUCGAUGCAGCAAGUCACUAUGAGCAUCUCUCUUUCUGUAGUGUAAUGAGAAGCGGAACACCAUUUCACCCACUGAAUCACAGGGACGCUGGGUGUAGGAGGCCACAGAAGUAAACACCAUAUCAGUACUUUUAUUGUUACCUUUAAAUGUCAGAAAAAUCGUUGGAACAGUAAAGACACUUACUAGAUACAUGAAAACAGUCAUUCCGAAAAGAAAUACUAGCAUACCCUUGUUUGGUGUAUGUCAAGCUCCAAAAUACUAGCAUAUUCAGUCAGUGACGGCCUGAGACCUGCCGUUUGUAAUCCAACUGAAAAGAAGUCUAGUAGUUCUUCAAA